AUGGGAAGCAUAAUCUCCUUCAAUGAUAAUCCUCUUUCUAUCAAUAACAGAAUUUUUCAUUUCACUCUCUAUUCUUUGCUUCCCAUAUCCCUUAUUUGUUUAUACUUCAACUUUUUCUCUCUUACUCAUUCACCAACUCAGCUUCUUCAUUCUACCACCAUUUUCACCUAUCACACCUCUAUUUGUUCUUCUCCUCCUUCAACUUCAUCUAUAGAGGAGGACAUGGCUUAUGAUUAUGAGAAAUCAUGUGACUAUUCAAAUGGAGAUUGGGUAAGUGACAUGAGAGAACCAUUAUACAAUGUCACAACAUGUGGCACAAUCAAAGAGAGUGAGAAGUGCACCACCAAUGGAAGACCUGACUUAGGCUAUCUUUAUUGGAGAUGGAAACCAAGUCAGUGCAAUCUUCCAAGGUUUGAACCAAACACUUUCCUCAAACUCAUGAAAAACAAACACAUAGCUUUUGUUGGAGAUUCUUUGGCUAGGAACCAAUUAGAGUCACUUCUUUGCAUGUUAUCUACUAAUUCUACACCUUAUCUUGUUUACCAAAAUGGCGAGGACAAAAAAUUUCGUAGGUGGCAUUUCCCUUCUCAUAAUGUAAACUUUUCUUUGUAUUGGUCCCCAUUUCUAGUGCAUGGUGUUGAAAGAUCAAAUGAAGAACAAUAUUAUAAUACAAUGUUUUUGGAUCUUGUCAAUGAGAGGUGGGCAAGGGAUAUUGAUCAAAUGCACAUGAUUGUGAUAUCAAUUGGGCAUUGGUUUUUGCUUCCUUCAAUUUACUAUGAGGGUAAUUUAGUUAUUGGUAGUUUGAAUUGUCCUGAGCUUAAUCAUACUCAAAUUGAUUUUUAUGUUCCAUUGAGAAAAGCUUUAGGGACUACUCUUAAUAGUAUAAUUGAUACUAAAGUUGCUAAAGGAAAUGGAAUUGAUGUUAUUGUGAAAACUUUUUCACCUGCCCAUUUUGAAGGUGAUUGGAAUAAGGGUGGUACUUGUUCAAAGACUGAGCCUUAUAGAAAAGAGGAAAAGGUAGUUGGAGGAAUGGAAGGUGAGAUUAGAAGGAUUGAGAUAGAAGAAGUGGAAAGUGCUAAGGUCAAGGCAAAAGAAUUUGGAGGAAUUAGGUUUGAGGUUUUGGAUGUAACUAAAUUGGCACUAUUGAGGUCAGAUGGUCAUCCAGGUCCUUAUAUGAAUCCUUUUCCAUUUACAAAUGGAGUUCAAGAAUAUGUGCAAAAUGAUUGUGUGCAUUGGUGUUUGCCAGGACCUAUAGAUACUUGGAAUGAGAUGUUUUUAGAGGUGAUAAAGAAGUGGAAGUAA